UUCAGAGAAGCGACUGACUGCAGCAGCAGAGCAUUUGAAACCAUGGCUCACAUUCCAAGGAUUAUUAAUAACGGCAUUUAACAGGGAAACGCGGGGAAAAUGGCAGAGAGGCUGGAAUGGGUGGAGAUCAUCGAGCCUCGAACCCGAGAGCGGAUGUACGCCAACCUGCUGACAGGGGAGUGCGUGUGGGACCCUCCUCUGGGGGUGCGGAUCAAGCGUACCAGCGAUAACCAGUGGUGGGAGCUGUUUGACCCCAACACCUCGCGCUUCUACUACUACAACGCUUCCACACAGCGCACAGUGUGGCACCGACCCCAGAACUGCGACAUCAUCCCCCUGGCCAAGCUACAGACUCUCAAGCAGAACACAGGCUCGCCACGUGCCUCCGCGGAGAACAGCCCAGGCCGGAACAGCAACGUGAGCCGUGAGGGCAGCACCUCCUCCUCCCUGGAGCAGGAGCUGGAGGGGAAGGCGCUGCCCCAGGCACAGGCACAGACUCUGCAGCAGCAGCAGCAGACGUUGGGCAGAGACGAGCCUGACAGGUGA